CCUGUUCCACCACCAAGACGAGCCAGGAGUCGUUUGCUCCUAAUCUGGGAGAGGAGCCUGACCUCCACCACCGCUGCCUUUCCCCUCCCAGCCCGAGCAGGGGCUGCUGGGGACCGUCCUGCUUGGGGUGGGGGUGCUGGGAAAGCAAAGCAAAGCAAGGGAAGCUUUCAGGCAGACGACAGCAGAACAGAGCUUCCCUUGCGGGGCUGUGGGCUUUGGCAGACCUGUCCCAGCCCGUUCUUCUCGGCUGCCUACGCCCCAGCCGAGAGAGAGCUUCCGAGCGGCGGCUGGGCCAUGUGGGUUGUGUUUGUACACAGAUGAGUAAGGCGGGCGGCCGGAGCCAGCGCCGCCGCCGGCGGGAGCGCAGCACCCGACCCGGCCCCGCUGCCCGCCGGCAGAGCUACUGGAGGUGGAGGUGGAAGGGGGAGAGGCAGUGCUGGGGAAGCCACCAGCAGGUCCUGAGCCCAAGGGACAUCUCCUCAGCCACCACAGGGCAGCCCCAGCCCGUGGCUUCCUCAGAGUGGGGUGAGAUGGGACCAGGCUGGGUGUGAGGCACCAGUGGGGCUUGUCCUCAGGGAAGCCGUGCCAGAAACAGCCCUUGGAGCUGGAGCCCCAACCUGCAUGAUGCUGAGUCUCAAGUUGCCCAGGCUGCUGAGCAUCAACCAAGUGCCUAAGGGCUACCAGGAGCAGGGCAUCCUCUUCGGGUACCGCCCCCCCAGCAGCUCAGCAGCAGAUUGUCUCCUCAGCGUCUUCCAGAUGACCAACGAGACCCUCAACAUCUGGACUCACUUUGUGCCUGCCUGGUACUUCGUGUGGACCCUGGCGGGGCGGCUGCGGGGGCCGGGUGGCCCCGAGGACCCCCAUGCCUGGCCUCUCCUCGCCUACCUGCUGACCUGCUGCAUCUACCCCCUGGCCUCCAGCUGUGCCCACACCUUCAGCACCAUGUCCACCCACGCCAGGCACAUCUGCUACUUCUUUGAUUAUGCAGCCCUCAGCAUGUACAGCCUGGGGUCAGCACUGGCAUACUCAGCAUACAUUUUCCCAGCCGAGUGGGUCAACAGCAGCUUCCACCACUGCUACGUCCCCAUCGCCGUGCUCAACACAGUGGUGAGCACCACUCUGUCCUGCUACUCCAGGUUUGUGGAGGUGGAGCAGCCCAGGCUCAGCAAGGCUUCCCGCACCCUGGCCUUUGUGUACCCCUACCUGUUCGACAGCAUCCCCCUCUUCUACAGGUUCUACCAGUGUGCAGCAGAGAGCUGCACGGAUGCUUCCAUCCUGGUCCACUACAAGCACACCUUCUUUGCCAUCCUCACCUGCUUCAUCUUUGCCAGCCACCUGCCGGAGAGGCUCGCACCAGGACACUUCGAUUACAUCGGGCACAGCCACCAGGUUUUCCAUGUCUGUGGGAUCCUUGGCACACACUUCCAGAUGGAGGCCAUCAUGAUGGACAUGGCUGAGCGACGUGACCAGCUGCAGGCCACCUUGCUGCUCCCCUCCUCCCUGCAGACCCUGGGGUCGAUGGGGCUCUGUGUGGCCAUCAGCUUGGCUGUCAUUGGGCUCUGCUCUGCCUCCCUGCGCUUCAUGCCAGAACCUUUGCAGAGAGAAAAACCUCACGGGCUCUAGGCUGUGGGGCUGGGCAGGGUUUGUGGUGCUCCUGAACACGAGGUGUGAGGUGAGGAUGAAGGAGGAGAAGUUUGUUCACCAGUGCUCUCUGAGGAAAGGUUUCCUCUCAGUAACUUUCUCCAGAGCAGAAGGUUUUGCACUGGGCUUUGUACGCAGAGCUUCAAAGCUGGGGGUAGGCUCUGAAAAGCUUUUUGACCAAGUUGCUUUUUUUCCCCACCAGAAAUAGUUCAAAUGCCUUCUUUUGGGAGGUUUCUGUCAAUGGGAGCCAAGUGCUGAUGCCUUCCAAAGCAAGAGGCACUCCUCAGGUCUGCCUUGGGGAGCAGACAGGGAGCUAACACUGCUCAGCUGAUGGCACACAGGUCUUUGCCAUCAGGUUAGACUCUUUGGUGAAGGCACAAGGAAAGGCUCUUCCAGGGGCUUCUUAAGGGUUGGGUUUUUUUGCCUUAAAAUGACUUUAUUGAGAGGAUGAAAUCCUCAAAUAUCCAUGUUCCUCAGCCUUCCACUGAACCCAAGUGCCUGAAAAACGUGGGAUUGAAGGAGAUGAGGGUUUGUCUGUGGAUACAUUCAGCUGGGUCUAGGCGUUACCCAGAAAGAGUUUGUCUAGACACCUCUAUGGGAGGCUCACAAGAUCCCAGCAUGGUGAGGGGGAAGGGACCUCUGGAGAUCAUCUCGUUCAACUACCCUGCUCAAGCAGGGGCACCCACAGCAGCCUGCCCAGCAUGACAAAGGCCAGGGGAUUUUGGAAUCUAUCCAGAGAAGAAGACUCCACAACCUCUCUGGGCAGCCUGCUCCAGGGUUUCAGCAUCCUCAUUCCAAAUAAUUUUUUUCCACAUCUUCAGAAGGAGCCUCCUGGGCACCAGUGAAAAGAUUCUGGCCCCAUCCUCUUGCUCUCCACCCUUUAGCUCUUGCUGAGCAUUGAACAGAUCCCCUCUCAGGCUGCCCUUCUGCAGGCUCACCAGCCCCAGGGCUCUCAGCCUUCCCUCCUCACAGAGGUGUUCCAGUCCUCUCUGCUCCACUGGACUCUCUCCAGUAGUUCCCUCUCUCUUGUGAACUGGGGAGUCCAGAACUUGACUCAGGACUCCAGGUAUGGCCUCAACAGGGUUCCUCUUAGAGUGGGAGGAGACCCUCCCUUGACAUGCUGACCACAUUCUUCUUCAUGCACCUCAGGGGCCCAUUGCUGUUCCUGGCCAGCAUAGCACACUGCUGCUCCUGUGCUCUGUCUCUUACUCCUCACCUUGCUGCUGCAUUGGGAUUUUACAGACAGGAGCAGGGAGCCCUGGAAAAGAACUGGGAGGUCUCAACCUGGUCCAGGCAAGGGGGAGAAGUUGACUGCUGGGUGUGGAGUUUGAGGUAGUCCCAUUGGAUUUACCUACAUGGACGUGGACCACAAAGCUGCCUGUGAGGGAAUAUGGUCUAGCUUCUGGAUAAUCAUACCAGCAUAGGAGCUGGGGGUUGUGUCUGAUAGGCCUUGACAAAUGCAAACUGAUGCAAUGACAACACACCAGCUUGUUACAUAUAGAAAGAGACAGAAGAAGUCUUCUGAAGAGGACUUUUCUUCUGACAGCUGGUCAAGAUUUCUGCUCAUUUUAUUUAUUGAUGACAUUGCUAUGACACUGGCACAGGUUGCCCAGGGAGGUUGUGGCUGUCCCCUCUCUGGAGGUGUUCCAGGCCAGGCUGGUUGUGGCCUUGAGCAACCUGGACUAGUGGAAGGUGCCCCUGCCCAUGGCAGGGGAGUUGGAACUAGAUGAUCCCCAAGGUCCCUUCCAGCCCAGCUCAUGGCUCUAUGAAUCUUUAGAGGCACUGGAACGUUCUUGUUUGUUCAGCAGGUUUCUUUCAUUCCCAGAGCAAGCUUACCUGAACGGUUGCACUGAUCUCUACUAAUCUAGUUUGUGAUUUGUCCUGCAGCAGAUCAGCUGUGACAACUAAUCACCUAACUGCUAAUGACUGCAAGGCUUUAGUGCACCUUGAGCACUGCUGUGAGCAGGAAGCACUCUAGCUCCACAUGCAAGGUGGGACUGAAGAGGCAGUAACAUCUCCACUUCUCUCUUGGGUUGUUUUACUUGGAUUUGAAAAGUUCUUUUGUUUAGCCUAGAGAAGAGAAGGCUCAGGGCAGACCUCAUUGCUGUCUACAACUACCUGAAGGGACAUUGUAGCCAGGUGGGGGGUGGCCUCUUCUCCCAGGCAACCAGCAAUAGAACAAGGGGACACAGUCUCAAGUUGUGCUGGGGGAGGUCUAGGCUGGAUGUUAGGAGGAAGUUGUUGGCAGAGAGAGUGAUUGGCAUUGGAAUGGGCUGCCCAGGGAGGUGGUGGAGGCACUGUCCCUGGAGGUGUUAAAGCAAAGCCUGGAUAAGGCACUUAGUGCCAUGGUCUGGUUGACUGGCUAGGGCUGGGUGCUAGGUUGGACUGGAUGAUCUUGGAGGUCUCUUCCAACCUGCUUGAUUCUAUGAUUCUAUAUAAAUUGUAUGUUGAAAAAAAACAAUAAAUUCCCCACGGGUGUAAGGCACCAACAUCCUCCUCCUCCCCCCACCUUGCGGGCUGCAGGCCUUUGAGUGGGCUCUUUGUCUGGCACAUAGGCGCUGGAGAAGUGAAUGUGUGACCUUGGAGGGGCCAGAGUUCUUCAGCCGCAGUCAGGCCCUCACCCUUCAGUGAUGUGCUGAAACGAGUCACAGAAAGAACCAAUAAAGAGGAAAUCUGCCUUAAA